AUGAGAAAAGUUGAUCUCUGUUUGAGCUCUGAAGGGUCCGAAGUGAUUUUAGCUACAUCAAGUGAUGAAAAACACCCACCUGAAAAUAUCAUUGAUGGAAAAGAUCACUUCAUGGGCUACACGUUUCUGCAUCAUAGCAUAUGUUCACUGAGAAACCAAGCCCGAGUUGUUACCCAUGGGUGUGACUUAAUACACACAGAGGGGCAGCUUCAAAAUGAAGAAAUUGUGGCACGUGAUGGUUACGCCACUUACUUGAGAUUCAUUAUUAUUUCAGCCUUUGAUCAUUUUGCAUCUGUGCAUAGCAUUUCUGCAGACGGAACAGUAGUGUCAGAUUUUGUAUGA